AUGUUUAAGCAGAAGCUCGGAAUAGACCUCUCUAAAAUCUACUCACCGGUCGCAAACAAGAACUCGAUUCGAGUUGUGCGAGCUAUGUGCGUGGCAUACAACUAUGUGAUGGAGCAUCUGGACGCGGAUCCAGCGUUCCUGAUAAGUGGGAUGGUGGAUCUUGUCUACAUGGAAGUUCCAUCCGGUGUGAAGAACGCUACGGGUACGCUGUACAAAUUGUCGAAGGCUAUCUAUGGUUUGAAGCAGACAGGAAGUGUUUGA